AUGCCUGGCCCUCCUGGAGUCUCCUCUUCAACUGAUGCUAAUGCAUCUCAUGUACGUCUUUACAGGCUACAGCGCGGAAUGACAAAUGCAAUUAUUCAGGACGUUAGUUUCAGUGACGACAGCAACUGGAUCUUGGUGUCACAACUAGAUCGGCAGUUUGUUGGCCACCUAAUUCAAGUUCACAAAUGCCUAAUCAGCAGAGCCGUGUUCAUCUGGUCCCCCAGUUACACUUCCUGUUUGACUAUCUUCGGACUUACAGUCUUCCAACAAAGAAGGGUUGCUGCUAUGAAUAGCAAUAUCAGUGGCCAACUUCUUCAGAGGUCUGUGAUAUCUGAAAAUGGCAGGCUUUCAUGCACAAGCAGUUCAAACUCACCUGAUACCAUGACUGACAGAGGUGCUGGACUUGUAGAACAACACAAUGGUAGUGAAGAAACGGGGUGGGGUCUUCUUCAGAUGACAACAGGAAGCAGGGAUCCAUUAGUUGGGGGAAUUUUCAUUGGGGUUGUAAGUAAUGUUGCAACUAGAUUUCUAUGGUGUGCAGAUAUUCUUUGGUUCUACUGGGAGGGUAACAGUGUUAAUACAAUGGAUGGGGGGACAUGCAACAAUAACCAGAUACUUUCACACAACCGCUUUGAUGAUGAUGGCCGUCUCAAGAGAACCGGAACUCUCUGGACCGCAUCAGCACACAUUAUCACUGCGGUGAUUGGAUCUGGAAUGCUGUCCUUGGCUUGGGUCAUAGCUCAGCUUGGAUGGAUUGCAGGUCCUAUUGUCAUGUUCUUGUUUUCUGGAGUGACUUACUACACGUCAACUCUGCUCUGUGCUUGCUGUCGCUCCGGAGACACUGGACAGAGGAACUACACAUACAUGCAGGCUGUUCAAUCUACCCUCGGAGGAGCCAAGGUCAAGACAAGAGUUGCUCAGUACUUGAACCUAGUUGGAUGUGCCAUUGGAAUAUUGGAUACACACACAAUAGCAUCAUCUAUAAGCAUGAUGGCAAUAAAGAGGUCUAACUGCUUUCACAGGAGUGGUGGGAAAGAUCCAUGCCAUAUCAACAGCAACCCAUACAUGAUUGCUUUGGGCAUUAUGCAAAUCGUAUUGUCGCAGAUUCCAAACUUCGACCAGUUGUGGUGGCUCUCAAUUGUUGCGGCAGCUAUCACUACAAGAAAAGUAGUCUACCACAACAUCACAAUAACAACAUGCUCUAAAUACUCGUUGUUACAUACAGUUCUCCACAACGAGUGAUCUGGAGUAUUGAAUUGUUGAAAUUUGAGAUAAUUUUGGAUAUUGCUGAUUCAAUUGGGAAAUUUUGAUUGUGAUUUGUGUGCUGAUUGAUGUAAUUGCUUGGUGAAGCUGGAAUAGGGGAGCAAGACUGAGCAUUUACAGGCGCAGAGGUGAGUGCUCUGUUAUGUUUCUCAUGAAAUCUUUCCUGCAUUUGAAAAUUGGGUGAGGUUUCUGGUGUUAGGAGUACAAUUACGGCUUCUACUGUUCUAUUGUGUAUGGUACUGUUAGGACUACACUAUAUCAGCAGAACCUUAGA